CGGGGUUUGGUCUGUCAGGCGGCCUCUCUGUCGGCUCAACACGCUCCUUUAACAGCCUGAACCGAAGCUGCCGGUUUGUCGCCUUUAACUGUCUCUGGACGCGGUUUUGUGAGGUCCUGUUUGAGGGGAGUCAACAGCCGGACUCUGAGAUAAAGCGUCCCACCUGAGUGUCCCUCCGUGAUGUCCCCGUCACUCUGCUGACAGCGUCCCGGACCCCGUGCAGAGGGAGGUGACCGGUGGCGAACAUGCAGCAGUGUCCCGGCGCGUCCAUGAGGCGGCGCCGCUGAGAGGUCAAGAGGUCGCAACUGAGAGUUGGUGUCUGCCGAGCCGGCCAUGGACGACUUCACCACCAGGACGUACGGCACGAGCGGGCUGGACAACAGGCCUCUGUUCGGGGAGACCUCGGCACGGGAUCGAAUCAUCAACCUGGCAGUGGGGGGAUUCACGUCUCUGGUUGUUUUAGUGACUGUCAUCAGUUCUUUUGUGUUCCCCUCGUUGCCUCCAAAACCGCUAAAUGUCUUCUUCGCCGUGUGCAUCCUGUUAGCGUGUGGAUCCACUAUAGUGCUGAUAUUCUGGUACCGGCAGGGCGACCUGGAGCCUAAAUUCAGGAACCUGAUCUACUACAUGCUGGCGUCCAUCGUGCUGCUGUGUCUGUGUGCCAACCUCUACUUCCACGACGUCAGGUAAAGACGAGGAGGACGAGGAGGAAGAAGGGAAGACGUCAUGGCCUUGACACGCGGAAAGGACAACACGGAGAGACGGACUCGACUCGCACUAACUUGAAUGACUUGUCCACCUGACCUGCAGCGAACUGGAAAGAUUCCUGGACCAGAAACCAGUUCACGGGUCCAGUGUGGACGAAGACUCGCUGGUGCUGAAGCGUGAAGCGCGACAGCGUCACGGUUUAGGAAUCAUGAUGUACCACGUGUUAGAGGCCGUAAAUCUGCUGCAGGAACCGUCAGGUGUGUUUACAGGCACACAAACAUUAUUUACAGUCACAUGAAGCACAAAAAACUCUGAAUACAUGAGUUUAAUAUGAUGAAGAUGAAGUUAAAGGAAAUAUCUGCCCCGUCCUCUCUCUCUAACGUCAUAUUUUACAUGUUUUUCUUUGACCUCAAGUGUCUGAUUUACUGUAUUUAUAAGUUUAAACAGGAUAAAAAAGGCAGGGAAAUUGUUGCUUUUAUGUUAACCCUUUGAAACCUGAGUAAAUUGGCAGCAA